AGACAACCACCCACUGCAUCCCUAGGAUCAUCAUCAAAAUGCCGGACUCCAGACUCACCUACAGGCGUCGUGCGCCAUACAACACCAAGAGCCAGAAGGUCCGCGUGAUCAAGACCCCCGGUGGUGAGCUCCGCUACUUGCAUAUCAAGAAGAAGGGCACUGCUCCCAAGUGCGGUGACUGUGGUACCAAGCUCGCCGGUAUCCCUGCCCUCCGCCCCCGCGAAUAUGCCAACAUCUCCCGCCCCAAGAAGACCGUCCAGCGUGCGUACGGUGGAUCGCGAUGCGCCAACUGCGUCCAGGACCGCAUCGUCCGCGCUUUCCUGAUCGAGGAGCAGAAGGUUGUCAAGAAGGUGCUCAAGGAGUCGCAGCAGAAGAAGCGUUAAGCGGUGGCAAUUGAAGGGUACGGGGUUUAGCAUGUCAAAACUGGGGCUAUCGGUGUUCAUGUGCAUUACGGGCAGUCUCCUGGUUCGGUCGGCUUUUACGAUAUCAAGGCGAUUUCUACGUCACUGUCCGAUGUCCACCGGGACAGUAGCUGAGUAGGGUUACAAAUGAAUCCACAAGCUACGAAUCAGCAUCUCGGAUUGUCAUCAUCUGUGAUGUGGUUGAUUGGGCAUGCCAGACAGAGUCGGAUUUUCUUCAAUCACCAAAUAGUGCAAUCAGCCGCGUUGAAUAUCACGAACAUGAUUAUUUUCGACCGGAUGACGCACCUUAGCAAUCAACUAUGAUGGAUGUGAAAGACACGAACCAGACUAUGCGGCCUCUGUCGAUGAUGAAGACAAGUAUCGUAGCUCAGGAGGACAAUCCCGUGAAUUUGCUUGAUAAACACCGCUUGCGCAACUGACUUAACACAUG